AUGGCAACCUUGGAGGAUAAAUUAAUGGGUGAAAAACUCGAAUACUACUGCUCAAGUAGUGAAGGUGAAUAUGAACCGGACGAUGAUGAGGCCGGUGAAAAAGGUGGUGCCCGUGCCGCUCAAGGUCCCCAGGCAUACAUCGAUCCAGAUGUCUGUCCUCCACCACCUUCGGCGGGGUAUCGUUCAAUGGGCUCCACAAAUACUGGACCCAAAGGUGUCGUCGAAGACUGGCAACGUUUCAAGCAACUACAGGCGGAACGUCGCGAAGAAAGCGAAAGACAACGCAUCGAAUUGGCCAAGAAGUUGACAAUGACAACAGCCACGGCCCAAGAGGAAGAAGAACGCAAAAAACAAGAGGAGCUGGAAGCUGAAUUUGCUGAACUAAUGUCCGAAGACUUUCUGCAACAGUAUCAGAAACAACGUAUGGCCGAGAUGAUGCGUCAAUGUGGUCAUAGUCAAAACUUUGGCAAGGUGUUGAAUCUGAAUUCACACGAAGAGUUCCUCAACUGUGUCGAAAAGGAGAACAAACAUACCACAAUUAUAAUACACAUUUAUGACAAAUCUGUUUCAGCCUGUGCCACACUGAACAAAUGUUUGGACACAUUGGCCACCGAAUAUCCCACAAUUAAGUUUGCCAAGAUUUGCAGUUCAGUGGCCGGAAUGAGUAGAGAUUUUCGUCAGAAGGGUUUGCCAGCCCUGUUGGUCUAUAAAGCACAGGCGGUAAUUGGAAAUUUCGUAAGAGUUACAGACGAUCUGUCCGAUGACUUCUUUCCUUCGGAUGUGGAAAGUUUCCUUAUUGAAAAUGGUAUAUUAGUGGACAAGAAUCUAUACAGUCUACCACAACAAUAG